AUGUGUGACCAACCAAAAUGCAACCCUUGCUGCCCAGCAAAGUGCAACCCUUGCUGCCCAGGGAAAUGUAACCCUUGCUGCCCAGGGAAAUGCAACCCUUGCUGCCCAGGGAAAUGCAACCCUUGCUGCCAGAAGAAGCCCUCCUGCUGCCCACAAAAGCCCCCGUGCUGCGUUCAGACCAAGUGCUGCUGUUUGGAGCCCAAGCCUGAGUGCACUUCUCUUAACAAGGACUCUGAGUCUGAGACAUCACAGGCUCAGGACAAGGGUUCCCAAACCCAAAAUACAAAGAAGAAAACUGGCAAGUAA